AUGUCGACCUCAUCGUUCAGAGUACAGGAACACACGUUGCCAUGCUCGUAUAUCAGAGAGUAUCCACUGGCAACCGCAGAUAGUCAAGAAGACACGCUUUAUCUUGCUAUCAAGCAAUACACCCCGCUUGACAACUUGACACCACAAAAGGGAGAUGUCACAAUAAUCGCCGCACAUGCUAAUGGAUUCCCCAAGGUGAUUAGAUUAUUCAUCUGCGUAAGGAUCAGGAAGAGUACUGAUAAGCUUCACCAUAGGNAACUGUAUGAGCCGCUAUGGGAUGAACUGUACACGAGAUCAAGAGCCAGUGGUAUCAAGAUCCGCAGUAUCUGGAUUGCAGACGUGGCCCACCAAGGCCAGUCAAGUGUCCUCAACGAGAACACACUGGGGAAUGAUCGUGCAGAUGUGUCUGGUAGCAUCAUCUCUCCCGACAGCAAGACAGAAGUACCAGUCACGCUCAAAACGACGAAACACCAAGAGGUCAUGACAUUCAUGCGAGGCAACUUUGUGACGCCUCUGAAUCCUGCUCCGGACACAGCACCCAACCCGUUGACACAUCCGGAUGUAAACAUCGCGUUGCCGAACAUGACGCCCUUCUACCGACCUGAGAGUUUCCACAUCUUCAAGCUCCUGCCAUACCUUCGACCUUCGGUCUUGUAUGUUUUCGGCACCGAGUCUGAUCUGUCGACAGCACAACAUAUAGCAGACAAGCUGGAAGUCACAGGAGUAGGGGCAGGCGGUAGUGGGGGUGUAGCGAAGGGGAGAGUCAAGGAGUUUACAAUGCAGCGAGGUGGGCAUCUGAUGCCGAUGGAGCGAGUCGAGGAGACUGCGGAUCAAUGUAGCGGUUGGCUCUUGCAAGAGUUGAAGCGAUGGAAAGACGAGUACAUUCAGAUUGAGGCUCUUCGGGCAGCGACGCCACGGGAGAAGAGGUCUCAGAUGUCUGACGGAUUCGUCCAGGCUCUGAGCCAGCCCUCGGCAGGCCAGCCAAAGUCUAAGCUGUAG